GAAGGGUUCAGGAGCGACAUGACAGCUUUUGAGUUGACGACAUGGAGUUGGCGGUGGCGAUGGAGAUGACCCCAACACGGCGAGUGUUGCACGUGUGUAUGCGGGUCAAUCCCAUGCUCGGAAACCAUAGGUCUAACGUGUUUGGUAUUUCGAAGAUGUGUGUAUACGAUCACCUUUUACCAGAAAUUGGAAGGUUAGACAAGAUCGCAGGUCGACCUUACCAAACGCUGAAGGAAAGGACGACGACCUUCGUGGGCAAGCAUGCGCUGCGAAUAUUCGAUGUUGCUGUGGCUACUGCUUGGACCCAUCUGGCGUGUCGACGCAACGUCGUGCUGGCAGGCUUACGUCGACCCAAACGAGAGUUGCUUCAGCGAUGUCGACGGAUGCAGCUCGUGCAAUCUCGUUGUUGCGAACGCUACCUUACGCUAUAACGAUUAUUUCACGUCCUUCUUGCCCACAAACGCAUCAUGCGAGCCUGCGGUCGUCGGUGCGAUAUGCCCCUCAUCAGACAAUGGAAAGUGCUGCGUCAUGAGGAACGAACAAUUCGACCGGUACCAUCCAUUCCGGCACUUGUGCGCCAAGACGUACCCUCCAAAUGACGCACGACGGCAAAGGCUUUCUCCAGUCGAUCGGAAGGCCGCUGUCUUGGGAGCAUUUUCACUCCAGCAGUCACUAGGCACAGGGUCGAAUGUGACAGUUGAGACGACUUGGCGCGAAGGGCAGACUACCGCAGUGACCUUCUACGAUACAACCAUCUCCGCCAUUGCGACCUUCGAGCUCAACUCUGCCACGAAGAUGGCCAAGUGGACCAACGUCAAUUACAGCACGACAGACACAACAGAAACGGUGUUGGGUUUGCCCAAGCAAGUGCUUCGUUUCAGAGUCAUGCAUUCAUCCGUUGAAGUAUUCGUCAAUGACUGGUCCAUCCAAAAGUAUUCACGCCCCAGCGUCCCAAUUGCAGCCAUCUCUGUUGGCAGCGACGAUCUGUGCCUUCUCGCUGUCAAUGCAUGGUUUCCGCCACCAGAGGAUCUGACCAACUGCAAGUCGGUUCCAAACGCACCGGCGUCCUCCGCAUGCACAGUCGCACGAGUCACAGUGUUCACCAAGCCGUUGACGAGUGCAAUUCCUGUCCACUUCAGUCUUUUGGAUCGAGACCAGAAUGUGGUUGGGACGAAUCAAUCUGUCGUCGUGCUGAACAGUUUUUCGCCCUCGACGACGUUCGUGCUCAUGCUACCGCAAAUGGAUCCGCACCUCCGCAUCUAUUCAAUUCAGAUGAAUUACAGUGCACUUGUUGAGUCGACCAUAUUUGAGAUCCAGAUGUCCGUGAAUGAAGAGCCCGAGCAACACUACUUCUACCCAAUUGACCGAGCUGCCAGCACGUGGCAACCAUUCAUUGCUUCACCGUUGACUUUUCAACCAGUUUCUCGACCUGGGCUAACGUCUGGCGUUUGCGUGCUGACAUCACCGGGGGCUUGUGGCUUUUACAACGCACAAUCGUACGCCCGCUGGGCUCCAAAGGUCGACCGUUCGACAGGGUUGUCCAUUUUGUCAGUGUCUGGGCCUCGAUCCACAGGCGGAUCUCGUGAGUUGAAAGAACUGGAGUCGGUGCAAGUUGACAACAUCUACGCCCGGGAUGUCGAAUGGAUAGUCAAGAACGGCAUCGUGAGCAGUGGGCAUUCCGUUGAUAUGGCCGUAACGUUUCGCGAUGGUCAAAUUGGCUUUGAAACAACAACUUGCGACGACAUGAAUAAGUUGAAGGUGACCCAAGGGCUUGCCGAAUUGUCUGUCGAACACGAAUGGUGUAAUCGUGUUUGGAUUGAACUCGAGCCCACCGCCGUCGUCCUUCGAGUUGCCAUGGGUGCCGAUUUCACGGGCAAGGUGACUCUUUCCCUUCUACACCGAGCUUCGGCCAGCAAUGCGUCAGCCGUUCUUGACAAGGCCUCGCUCGUGUGGAUGAAAAAGCUUGCCCCAGAAGUGUAUGACUUUCCAGUAGGUGGUGCAAAUAUUCCAGUCUCCACGCCCGCAUAUGGAUUUGAGCAAGUCCUCCGAUACUUUCCAAGUGCGCCAGUCCAAUUCAAGCUCAUGUGGGACAGUGCACACGCCUCCACCAUCGAGCUCCCCACUUCGAUUUCAUGGGAUGAUGAUGGAAAGCAAUUGCAAGUCGUCCUCUGCUCGCAAGUACCGUCAACGGUUCAGUUCGUCGGAAUUCCCUCCUUUCAAGGAACUAUUCACGUGACGUGGAAGGCCGAGUGGAAGAUUGGGACCGUUGAGUACGUGUACUCGAUGCAGCAGCUGCUUCGUGUGUACGCCAUCGACGAUGUAUACUCCCCGCGGGCUGCCCCACCGAGUUACGAACACGUGGUCGUUCAAGAUGUGACCGACGAAACAGUGUCUGCAACGUUCAGCUCCCCUGGCAAGGCCGCGGAUAAAUGGAUGGUUGAUACAAACGCUGGACUAAUUGUGGAUGCGGCGACUCGGUCCGAGAUGGAAGAGUUUAUCGUGGUUGUAGAAAGCCUGGCCAGUAGCAACAGCUACCCUCGCCGACGAUUGGAGUCCAGUGUUGCGUUGCCAUCUCGUGUAAUUCCCGUGGUCACGUUUUUUAAUGAGUCUGUCUUCACGUAUCGCACGGCUGAGUGGGUUGAGUCGUGUCAAGCGAUGAUUGAUUCAAUGGUGGACCCAACGUCGUUCACGAUUGCUCUGGACUGGACAAAUGCCGUGACCAGCAUUCAGAACGUCUUUAUUUCGUCACAACAGACCAACGCCAACGAAGACUUUGACUGGCUCAGUGGCACGUGGAAUUCGACUGAUCCCGCCAACGCUGCAAUUUCAGUCAUGCUGAACGAAGAUGCAGGAAGUGUGCUAUUCAAAUUGGACGGGUCGUUUCGUCUAUUCAAUGGGUCGACAUAUUUCCAGUCUUCCAUUGUGCACUUCAUUCCACCAGGGAUUUCCGACGACGGAAUUGAUGUGCUGUCGUCCGUGGACUCACAAAUUGUGACGCAAACCGUGUCCCGUCCAGUUCAAAAUGGUACCAUUCAACUCACUUCGGGCGAGUUUUUGGUUGCUGGUAGUUUCACGCCGCCAGUCUUGAGCGAAUUGCAAUUCUUCGCUUCAAGCGCCAUUCAGACCGUCCUCCUCAACGAAUCGGCGUACCCGGUCCAAAACAACGUGUCUUUGACCUGGUGCAACAUUUCCAGCUCGACAAACAUCUCGGUGGUACUACAAGACCCGACGAAAGAUGCAUUGAUGUUGCGCUUUGUCGUCAGACUGUUCUCGAGCGGUUCGGUGGUCGUGACAGAAGUGGCAACAUACCAAUCAAUGAGUUCCACUUGUGCGACCCAACUCUUGCUGCCAACUUUUGAAGUGGACGAUUCGGUAUUGCUGGAUGUGUCUGUUCAAUUGUAUCCGUGCUCGGAUUUGCUGCUGGAAUGGCGCGGGAAACGUGUACUGUCGUCUACCGACUCAUGCACGUACAACCUCGUGUCUGCAAGCAACUCGUCGUUUUCCGAUGAAUCGAUUGUGUUUGUUGUCCAAAAUACGUCGGCGAGUGCAUCCAUUUCGUUCCAAAUCGAUGCCGUUACCUCCACCGACGGUCUUGUCACGUCACACGUGGAACUAAAUUGGUUUGAUGUAAACAAUGCUUGCGUGCAAACGAGUGGGAUUCAGGUGCUUCCACCGUGCAUCGUCGACGACAACGCGCUGCAUCCUAUCGUUUUUCAAACCGAUUUGACCGGCCAAGAUGCGAGUGAAUUUUACGUCUCCAAGGGUGGUGCCCCCUGGUCCAACCACAUUGCGAUUGCUAUCGUGCCGUGUGGUCCAUUUGAUGUCGUUGCGGAUGGCGCGAACGACGUUCUCGUGUCGUCCUUCAGUUACAACCCAAUGUUUUGCCAUGGCACUGUUGUUGCCGACGCCGUCGACGUUCGGUUUGUCGUGAAACCACUGUAUGCUUUCUACGGCAGCUUUGAUGUGGUUUUCACGCGUGUUCAGACGCUUCCGACUGCACAUACAGUCCCAAGUGCUGCGGGAGGUUGGUUAAACUCCACGUGCCAAUACUCUGUCACUAAACGCGUGUCGUGGCGACCGAUUGAUGAUGCCAACUCACCAGCCUUGUCCAGCGCACAGUUGCUCAGCAUUCCGUUUAACUUGUCGCAAGUGCAGAUUGAUUUCAACUAUCUCAUUACUUCUGAACAUGCGGCCCUCACGGCGGAUGUAAAGACCGUGACAAAUUCGAGUCUUUUGUUGCACUGGUCCAGCGACAUCGACCCGGAUGUCGCGGUCGGAGAGUGGCAAGCCAAGCGGUUGGACUUUUCAGCCCAAUCGUGGACUGGUCCAUUUCAACUUGUCCUUUCGGCCACGACGUACUUCGACGACGAAGUGUCCUUGCAAAGCAUUACGUUUUCGCCGAUGGAUGCGAACGACGUGGCCGGCGCCCUCGUUUUGGAAUCUGUGACUGGAGGUUCUUUGACGCUAUCUCAUCAACUGUACGACGGUGUGGACCACGAAGAAAUCGUGGACUAUACGGUCUACCUUGGUCAAGAAAACCAAACCGAAGAAAGGAUUGCGUACUCUGGACGAGGCGUUGUCUCGACGGGAUGUGCAGUCAGCAGCAGUUUUACAUUAGCGUCUGCCGACUUGAUGGCCCCUUCAGUGUGCGCAUCGCAUUGCUUCAAUUCUGAAGCCCAGGGUCGGCUCACCGCGACAUCUGUCCUGCGAAGUUUGGCAACGUUCAACUUGCCUGUGUGGACACUGGACAUACGGCUGUCGAUUAGCAACUCGACCCCGUCGAACUCGUUGGUGUUCAUGUAUGGCGCUCAAUCCGUUGCUGUAACAGUUUUCCCAACGGGCCUCUCGAUCGAACUGUGCGCAGUGCGUCAAGACUUCAGGUUCGCGCUGCCAACCAAUAAGUGGAUGCGACUUGCCUUUGCUUGGAAUGCAUAUACAAAGACGUUGGCGGUGUAUUUGAACGGCCUGGUGGUCGCAGAGGCCGUGGCGUCGCAGUCUUGUAUUGUUAGCGCCGUGGGAUAUAUUCAAAUUGGCGGAGAUUCCAUGUAUGCCCUGGGAUACCAACGGUUGGAAGGGAUGGUGGACGAGAUUCGACUGCUGCCAUUCCUCCAAGUUUUUCAAGAAGACGACGAACCUGCUUCAAACGCAGUUGUGCAUUUACGGCUCAACAAGGACGGCGCAAGCGACUUUGUCUCUGGCGUCGACAGCUCUGGCAACGGAAAUGACUUUCUCGUGCAUGACGUGAAGGCUGUGCACAACCACAUCACACGCCAGUUUGGCCUGUCGCGUGGAGGACGAUGCACGUGCGGCUGGGCGAACAGUCGACUCGUUGAUACGUCCAUCUGCAAUGUUCCGUGCAUCAUGGGUGAUGCCAAGUUUUCGUGUGGAGGAACCACCAACACAACGGCCACACUUUAUCAGACAGGACGGUUCCGUUUGAAUCGAUUGCAGCCAUUCACUAGGUACACCGUGCGAUUGAGCUACCAAACUGCGUCCGGCAAGAUCUUUGAUUUGUCGACUAUUUUACUUGCCCAAACCGCUUCCCCCAGUCGCCCCGGUGCCAUGUCCUUACCCAUUGCGCAAGUCCACAACCAAACUGCAUUAAUUCAAUGGUAA